AUGAAUCCUGAACCCGUACGACAGCAACUAAACCAUUCAGAAUGGUUUGUGGGAAAUGUCGAUGGUGAGGAAAAUCAUUUGGUAACGUUUUUACCCAUCUCAUCUUCAACCAUCAUUUUUACGGUUGUCUUAGUUUCGUUAAACGAUUUCGUCCCCCAUGUCUUCGAACUCACUCAAACGCAACUAAUCCAGCAAUGUCAAAAUCAAGGUUUCACAGAUAAUACAUCGUCGAACCAAAUUAAACUAAAAUUAAUGGAUAUUCUACAGUCUCCCAAAAAAAUUAGCCAGUUCAAAUUAGUGGAUUCAAAUUUGAAAUUCAGUUUCAAGGUAUCUGCGAAACUUACAGUUUCUAUGAAUAGUGAGCCUACUCAUGUUACUCAUGAAACCUGCUUUACGAUCUUGCAGGAUUUAAGCUCAGUGUUAUUAAGAUUGGUAAAUGUUUCCGCCCAAUACCAAAAUAUCCAACGGGAUGUUCUAAACGAAAAGCAAAAAUGUCUAGAUUUUCUCUUAAGAUCAGUCAAUGAUCUAGAUGGCGGAAAAAAAAUUAUUAGCCAGUGGGCUCCUGAAAAUUCUAAGAAUUAUGAAUCUUUACAGCCAAGCACAGAGAAUGAUAUAGCAAAAAAUCUAUUCAAUAAAGGGAACAUUUACCUCCAGAACUCGUUGAUAGAUUCAUUAAAAGUUCUAUUAUCCCUGCAGGAGAAAAUACCUGUCGUAUCUCAGCCUGAAGAAUAUAAAGAACGUGUUGUAUUUCCCGCAAUAAAUAAAGUUUAUGAUGAUGAUUUUGAGUUGCAAGUAAAGCCUAUAAAAACAGCCCAGUCAAAUAGUCACCCCAGUGUUAAAUCUGAGGUGAGCUCCAAGGCAAGCAUUACAAAAAAAAGUGCUAAGUUGCUACCUGAUGUAGGAAAUAUUUCUGGAUCCGAGUCUACACCCCCGGAAAGGACAAACUCGGUUUCAACUACGCCUUCAACUUCUUCUUCAGUGGAAGAUUACCCUCGAAAGAAAAGAAAAUUUGGGAAGAUCAAAAUUAAAAACAAAAACUGA